AUGCAAUGUGCUAUGGAUUUGAUGAUAACACCAGACGAUCCAAAUGAAUGCAUCAGAAUUUGUUUGCGUAAAUCAUGUUUAAAAUUUAUAAAAUUAAGUGGUCCAGAACAAUUUGUCUUUCCCGUAUUUCCAAUUUUCUUUGGUCAUAUUCGUUUAUGGUAUAUAAGAGAUCAAUUGAAUUUUCUUCCAAAUGAAAUUUUGGUUCCAAAUUAUAUUUGUUACGAUGUAUCACUCUGUGGUUUGCUAUUUUCAAAACAUGUUUUUAAUAUUGGUGAAUUAACAUGUGCUAUCGUUUCUGAGAUUAUUGAUCUCAAUAACAUCAAGAAUAUAGACUUUUUAUAUACACAAAUUCUUGAACUUUUUUAUUCAUGUUCAUCUUUCCGAAACAUGUUUCUUGGAAAUGAAAUGUAUUGCCAUGAUUAA